GCUGCUAGAAAAUUGAAAGGUAAACGUGCUCGUUCAGAAAAAAAUAGGACAGUACGUGAAUAUGAUGAACAAGAUGAUUAUGAACAAAUAAAUGAAAAACUAAACGAUCAUAUGUGGGUAGAUGAAGAGAUUGAUGAAAGAGCUGCUAAUUACUUUGAUAUUCUACUUUCAGCUGGUAGGAACAAUAAUGUUUGGAAGACUUCGGGAAGGCCCAUUGUUAAUUUUGGUGAUUCUGAAAGAACUUUAAGGCGAAAAAAAGCU